AUGCAGACUAUCAUUGACCAUUCAGCCAAUAAUGACUAUUCUUAUUACACCUGCUCUAAGAUGAAUGAAGGAGGUACUUAUGGUUACAAGUAUGAUGAAGUGGAAAUGGGUGAAACAGAAAUGGAGGUCGAAACAAUAAUGGUAGUAGUAAUAAUGGAAAUAGGAAUAAAAGAGUUUAUAUUCCAUCUAAUUACUGAACUCAAGAGGAAACUCGUCUUUAGAGUUACGAAUGUACAGGACAAAGCCAUAGCAACAGAUUUAAAAGAUCAUUUUAAUCUGUUUGGAUCUGUAUAUAAAGUAAUAAUUAAAAUGGCAGAAUAUAAUGGGGUUGAUAGAUCGUUGGAACAGCACUUGUUCAUUUUAGAUAGUAAAAUCAAAGAAUACCUGACCACUCCAAUUAAUUCUUAUAAUAUACUAACAAUAAAGACAAGCCAUCCUAGCUCUAUAAUGGAAAUAGAACCAGUCUCUCAUCUUUCUACUACUAUUGAGGUUAAACCUACAAUAGAAAUUUCUGUUAAUGCAAUAGCUCAAAGAAAGAUAGCAAAUGAGAUUAAAAUACAUGAUUGUGUUGAAUAUGGAUCAGCUAAUCCAAAGAGGCAAAAAGAAGUUGCUGUUGCUGGAGUUUCACGUACUGACACUCAAGAACAUCCUGAUGGGCAUUAUUGCCUUGCAUCUGUCAAAUAUGUAAGACAAUUUGCUUCUAUGUUUGCUGAUAUGUCUGUUAUUAUUUCCCAAGAUGACAAAGCGAAAGUAGGUCUCAGGGUACCAGCAGUAGGUCAAACAUUCAGAACCUUGCAGUCAAUCAAUGAGCCUGUAGUUGUGUCAGAUCAUGAUUUUCUUAUAGGAUAUGAACAAAAAUUAAUUCCUUCUGUAUACUUAAUGAUAAAACCAAAUGAAUUAACUGAUGAACUUCGAACAGGACAGCUUGCAAUCUUUAUACGUCCCCAAUGGCCUGUCA